AUGAAAGGAAAAGCACCUAAAGCUGUUUUGACGGAUCAGGAUGCAACAAUGUGCGCAGCCAUUAGAGAUGUUUUUCCUAAAGCAACUCAUCGGCUUUGUUGCUGGCAUAUUUCAUGUAAUGCCGAAACUAAUAUAAAAAUUCCAGGAUUCUCAACAUGUUUUUCCAAGCUAAUGAAAAUUACAUGCUCUGUGGCCCAAUUUGAAGCUAGAUGGUCUACGUUGAUUGCUAAGUUUGGUGUUGCCGACCAUCCAUGGAUACAAGACAUAUACUCAAAACGACAUUUAUGGGCAGAAGCAUUUUUUCGAGGCAAGUUUUUUUCUAUGACGAGGAUCACGCAACGUGCAGAGUCAAUGAACGCUUCACUGAAACAUAAAGUUAGUUCUGGUUUUAGCCUUACAGAUUUGUUUAGGCAGUACAACAAUAGUUUCUUGAAGAGGAUUCGAAAGAGGUUUCACGUAUUGCAGAAGGAAUCUGAGAAUCCACCAAAGGAAGUGAAGCGUACAGGCUUAUUAAGCGGUCUUGAGAACCAUGCCGGUCGCGUAUGCACUAGAGCCAUAUUCGAUUAUAUACAAAAUGAGCUGAAGGAGGAGGCAAACAUAAUUGUACUCAACAAGAGUGUACCUGUUAAUCGGCGGCACACAUUCAUCUUUGAAGAUCAUAGCAAGGCAAGGCCUCGUACAUUUACUACCGUAAUCGAUUUGGACAACGAAGAAUUCCAUUUGAUAUGUGGUUUUAAGAAUUUGACACUUACUAAAUUUCCUGCUAAGAGUGAUAAUGAGGAACCAAUUGAAAAUUUCAAACACGUCCCACAUGUCGGUGAUCCCGCUAAGAUUGUUCCUAAGGGCGGAUCCAAAGAUAAGAAGCAUCUAUGCGGAUUAUGCAUGUUGAUGAAACCUGGACACAAGACCACAACUUGUGAGCAGAACCCAGAUUCUCGUGCAAGGGCUAAUGCGAAACAUUCAGCACGUAUUAACCCAUUAGAAAACGCUGGUUAUGGUAACGCUGUCACCGAGGACUCCUUUGUGGAAUCCAUUCACAAGUUUGUAAUGAUAUUUAUUAUUCAUAUUCAGAAAUUCUGCAGGUGGGAUCCAUUCACAUGUUUGUAA